AUGGUACAUGCCGAUGCGUCAACGUUUAAAGCUGAUAUAAGUAAAGAGGAAGCUUAUGCGCAGGUGUUAGAGGAGGCGAGGGGGUUGUUUGAUGGACAGAGAAAUUGGAUUGCAAUUGAGAUUGAGAUAAGUUUCUACACCCUGGACCCGUCAUCCACCAAACCCUCUCUAAUCCUCGGACCCUUCCAAGGAAAAGUCGCUUGUCAAACUAUAGCCUUUUCUCGAGGUGUAUGCGGAACUGCCGCUUCAACUCAGACUACGCAGCUUGUUCCUGAUGUUGAGAAAUUUCCGGGUCAUAUUGCAUGUGAUGCAGCUAGUCAGAGUGAGAUUGUUGUGCCGAUUAUUGUGGAUGGUAUUGUGAAGGCGAUUAUUGAUGUUGAUUGUGGGGUUAAGGAGGGAUUUGAUGAGGUGGAUCGGAAGUGGUUGGAGGAAUUGGCGGGGGUUUUGGCGGUCGGAUGUGAUUGGUAG